GGAGCCUCUAGGGUCGCCUGACUCACAUCGUGCAGUGUUCCAGUUCUUGCUUUCACUCCCGUCAGCUCCCGGGCGCCAUCAGCCAUGGGUCUCUGGCCCCACUUGGCGCGCGCCGCCCUGUUGCUGGUGUUCUUGGGAGCCUGCACAGUGCGCUCCGACACACCUGCCAACUGCACCUACCCUGACCUGCUGGGCACCUGGGUCUUCCAGGUGGGCCCCAGACGUCCCCGAAGCGACCUUAACUGUUCUGUGCUGGAACCAACAGAGGAAAAUGUAGUGGUUACGAUACACCUUAAGAAGUUGGAUACAGCAUAUGAUGAAUUUGGCAAUUCUGGACAUUUCACCCUCAUUUACAACCAAGGCUUCGAGAUUGUGUUGAAUGACUACAAGUGGUUUGCCUUUUUCAAGUAUGAAAUCAAAGGCAGCAAAGUCAUCAGUUACUGCCACGAGACCAUGACUGGAUGGGUCCAUGAUGUGCUUGGCCGGAACUGGGCUUGCUUUUCUGGCAAGAAGGUGGGAAGUCCUUUGGAGAAAGUUGCUGUGAAUGUGGCACACCUUGGAAGUCUCCAGGAAAAAUACUCCAAUAGGCUCUACAGUUAUGACUACAACUUUGUGAAGGCCAUCAACACAGUUCAGAAGUCUUGGACUGCAACCAUGUACGAGGAAUAUGAGAAACUGAGCCUAAGAGAUCUGAUCAGGAGAAGUGGUGGCCACAGCCAAAGAAUCCCAAGGCCUAAACCUGCCCCAAUGACUGAAGAGUUACAGAAACAGAUUUUUAAUUUGCCAGAAUCUUGGGACUGGAGAAAUGUCAAUGGUGUCAAUUAUGUUAGCCCUGUUCGAAACCAAGAAUCUUGUGGGAGCUGCUAUUCAUUUGCCUCUAUGGGUAUGCUAGAAGCAAGAAUUCGCAUAUUAACCAACAAUUCUCAGACCCCAAUCCUGAGUCCUCAGGAGGUUGUAUCUUGUAGCAUGUAUGCCCAAGGUUGUGAUGGAGGGUUCCCGUAUCUCAUUGCAGGAAAAUAUGCCCAAGAUUUUGGGGUGGUGGAAGAAAACUGCUUUCCCUACACAGCUACAGAUGCUCCGUGCAAACCAAAGGAACACUGUCUCCGCUACUAUUCUUCCCGGUAUUACUAUGUGGGAGGUUUCUAUGGUGGCUGCAAUGAAGCCCUGAUGAAGCUUGAGCUUGUCCAAUAUGGGCCCAUGGCAGUUGCCUUUGAAGUCGAGGAGGACUUCCUGCACUACCACAGUGGAAUCUACCACCACACUGGGCUGAGAGACCCUUUCAACCCCUUUGAGCUGACAAAUCAUGCUGUUCUGCUUGUGGGCUAUGGGAAAGAUCCAGAUACAGGUACAGACUACUGGAUUGUGAAGAACAGCUGGGGCACUCAAUGGGGUGAGAAUGGCUACUUCCGGAUCCGAAGAGGAACUGAUGAGUGUGCAAUCGAGAGUAUAGCAGUGGCAGCCAUACCGAUUCCUAAACUGUAGAGCAUGGCUCCCAAUGUUCCAUAUGGGUCUUCCUUAUUCAUAGAGUGAUUUAGUCACAGGCUUCAGACUUCUAUAACAGUAAUUCCAGACAUAUAUUACUAGGUUUCCAUGAAGAUUUUUGCCUUUGAAUUUAAAAUCACUGGUUGGUU